AUGUUGCUGAAACUCUUCUACUUGUAUGGAGCAGGUUGUGGCCUGAUGCCUGCCCUGCUGCGAAAGCGGAAGUUCCUGCGGCAGAGAGGAUAUCUCGUCUACACGGCCUGCCUGCAUGGAGUGCUCCUGGUCCUGCUGCCCUUCACAUUUCCCCAGUACAUGUACGAUGGGAGCUAUAUGAGCGGGAACCUGGUGCUCCAGUGGGCCUUCAACUUGACCAACAUAACCCGCAUAUUCGUCAUGAUUUCCGGUGGUUUCUUGACAUGGUCGAAGAGGAAGAAGCUCCUGGAAAUGGCUGAAAGGACAUUUCAGCAUUGCCAGAAGUGCAAAAAGCUAGGCGAUGACUCCAGCCUCAGAAAGAGGUUUCGCGGGCUGCUGGUCCAGUACCUCUUCGUCCUCAAUUUGAGUGUCCUGGUGGCCACUUUGAUCCUGUGUCGAAUCGACACGGAUCAGAGCUUUAGCAAUGCCACAAUGAUAGUGGUGCACAUCCUGCAAUUCAGCUAUGUGGUCAUCAUGACGGCGUCCCUGUUUGUGAUCCUGGUAAUCCUCCACUGGCAGAACGAGCGAGUGCAGCUGGCCCUCAGGGAUUUGUCCCGCUCGCUGCACCACGAAGAGCGUAACUCCCUGGUCCUAUCCGGAGGCAAGGCCAGGAAGUCUCUCAGCAACCUGCGCAAUCUCUUCCAGCUUUAUUCCGAAAAUCAGAGACUGAUCCGUGAGGCUUUUAGCAUCUUUGACCUACCCAUAGCCCUUAUAUUGCUGAAAAUGUUUGUGACAAACGUAAAUCUGGUCUAUCACGGCGUUCAGUUCGGAAACGCGUCUAUAGAAACCUCGUCUUACACUAGAUUCGUGGGACAAUUGGUGGUAAUUACGCAUUACUGGAGUGCAGUUCUACUGAUGAAUGUUGUGGACGACUUGACCCGCAGAAGUGGCCCCAAAAUGGGGGAUAUUUUGCGGGAAUUUAGCGACCUGGAACUGGUGAAAAGGGAGUUUCAUUUACAGCUGGAACUCUUCUCGGAUCAUCUUCGCUGUCAUCCUGCAAUUUACAAAGUCUGUGGUCUCUUUGUUUUCAAUAAACAAACGAGUUUGGUUUACUUUUUCUACGUUUUAGUGCAGGUCCUGGUGUUAGUUCAGUUUGAUUUGAAGAAUAAAGUUAUCGAAAAACACUAA